AGCUGUCAGCACAGAGCCCGACGCGGGGCUCGAACUCACGGACCGCGAGAUCAUGACCUGAGCUGAAGUGGGCCGCUUAACCGACUGAGCCAGCCAGGCACCCCAUCUUAUUUUAUUUUUAAGCCUGUUUUUGAGCGAGUGAGAGUAAGUGCACACACUGGGGGGAGGGGAGUGAGCAAGUGACUGGCAGAGACAGGGAGGGACAGAGAAUCCAAAGCAGGCUCCAUGCUGCAGGUACAAAGCCCACAGGGAGCUCCAACCCACAGUCUGAGAGAGCACGACCUGAGCCCAAAUGGGGUGCUUAAUCGACUGAGCCACCCAGGCGCCCUGAGGGAAGAUACAUUUUAAGAAUUGAUGUUAUUGUGACGAUUUGGAACUGUUUUAAUUAGAACAUCAGAGCUAGAGGUGAAACCUUUGACACUGAUUGAUUUCUGAUCUAGAAAGCUGAGCUUCACUACUUGCAAAAGAUUGGAGACAGACGUGCCAGAGGAUGGUGGGAGGGCCUGGGCUGAGGUGGCAGGCAGCGCCUCUUGGUUGUGCUUUGCCACCGGAGUGCCACCAGCCGUCCAGCCCCAUGUGCCCAACACAGGGAGCUGCUACCACUGACUCACCUUUCCAGAGACCGCUCAGUGCCCCGGGCCUCCCCGGGCCUCUGGAAAGGUAGGCGAGUAGCCGCUGCUCAGCAGCACCCCCCUGUGGUCAGUGUGGGAGGUGUCACUCCGGCCCUUGGAGUCCUUGGGGACCCAGACUGCCUCAGGGCCAGCUGCCAGUCUCUGUGUUUCCUCAUGUGAGCCAGGACUGGCGGAGGAUGCGAGGGGGUGCUUAUAAGGGGGGUGCGGGUAGGCCCUCAUGGGGCUUCCAGGGGUCAGAGCUCAGUCAGGGAGGCCCUUGUAGAUGCCGGGAGGCCGGGAGAGUGAUGGGGCCAGAGCCCCAAAGGAGGGUGCUUGGUUGGUGGACGGCCAGGGUCACCUGCUAGUGCCGCUGACCAGUCCCAGGACCUUGCCGGUCUGCCCUUCCUCCUCCUCCACCCUCUGACCGCACAUGCCUGCUUUCUGGCUCGCCCGUAGCCCCCUCAGGCCUCAGCAACGGCCCCUCUUGAGCAAGGUCUUCCCAGAUGAUCCUGUCCAAAGGAGGUUUUGUUUGUGGUGUUCUGUCGUGGACCCUGUGCCACUCCAUCCGUGCACUCACAGCAGUGCCGUAGCCCACUGAAUUCGUCAAGUUACUUGGUCUCAACCGCCCCGGGGGGCUGGAAGUGUCGUAAGCCUAGGGCACUAAGGGAGUCUUCCAGCUCGGAGCUUAGAGCAGGGCACGAGCGAGGCAGGGCGUGUGUGCGCGUGUAUGUCCGGGUCCCUCCGAGCCCUCCCUUACUAAGGACCGUGGGGUUAUUUAAAGAGAGGUGCCCACGCCCGUAGCCAGAAGAGCAGCGUGUCUCACAAGAGUAAACGCGGUAAAUGAGCAGCUAACGAACGUGCCAUGUCUCAGUCGGAGUCCACGACCUGCCAAACAAAGCGGCAAGGUGUGGCGUGUGCACCUGCACAAGCACGAGGGAUGCCCGCACGGGCCCAGCAUCCGGCCCCAGGAAGCAGCUGCGGGAGGGACGUGGACCCGUGCCUGUACAUCCCACGCUUUGCCCACCUGCUGGAGUUUGGGGAGAAGAACCACGAGGUGUCCAUGACGGCCCUGAGGCUCCUGCAGAGGAUGAAGAGGGACUGGAUGCACACUGGCCGGCGCCCCUCGGGCCUCUGUGGAGCAGGUCAUCGGCCCCGAGUGCUGGGCUGCUGCGCACCUGUUCCGAUUCCUGACUCCCGUCGUGCCCCCCUCCAGCACUUCUGGUUGCAGCCAGGAUGCACGAUUUCCGGAGAACCGUCAAAGAGGUCAUCAGCGUGGUCAAGGUGUGCGAGUCCACGUUGCGGAAGAGGCUGACGGAGUUCGAAGACACGCCCACCAGCCAGCUGACCGUGGACGAGUUCAUGAAGAUCGAUCUGGAGGAGGAGUGUGACCCCCCUUCGUACACAGCUGGGCAGCGGAAGCUGCGCCUGAAGCAGCUUGAACAAGUUCUGUCCAAAAAACUGGAGGAAGUUGAAGGUGAGAUAUCCACCUACCAGGACGCGAUUGAGAACGAGCUGGAGAGCAGCCGGCCCAAGGCAAAGGGGGCCCUCGCCAACCUGACCAGAGACGGCUCCGUGGAGGACACCACGUCCAGUGUAUUUGGGGAAGACGAUGCCGAGGACGAGGAGUUGGAAGCCGCUGCCAGCCACCUGAACAAGGACUUUUACCAGGAGAUCCUUGGUAGCGGCUUGUCCAGCAGUUCCGAGGGGGCCGGAGAUCCCGAGGGGGGCGCCAGGCCCCCUGCCCUGGAGUCCCUGCUUGGCCCCCUGCCCACCGCGGCCAGCCUGGGCAUCUCAGACUCCAUCCGAGAGUGCAUCUCCUCCCAGAGCCAGGACCCCACGGACGCGUGUGGGGACGGCGAGCUGGACCUCAGUGGCAUCGACGACCUGGAGAUCGACAGGUACAUCCUGAACGAGGCGGAAGCCCGCGUGAAGGCCGAGCUGUGGAUGCGGGAGAACGCAGAGUACCUGCGGGAGCAGAGGGAGAAAGAAGCAAGAAUAGCAAAGGAGAAGGAGCUUGGCAUCUACAAGGAGCACAAGCCCAAGAAGUCCUGCAAACGCCGGGAGCCGAUCCAGGCCAGCACGGCCGGGGAGGCCAUCGAGAAGAUGCUGGAGCAGAAGAAAAUCUCCAGCAAGAUCAACUACAGCGUGCUCCGGGACCUCAACAGCAAGGGCGGGGGCGGUCUGCAGGAGGAGGACGCACAGCCCGAGGGGCGGACCGCCACCCGGAAGCUGUCUCGGAGGAAAACGCCCGCCAGGAGGCACAGGGCCGACCCCGGGACCAGCGUGGGGAAGAGGUUGAGGCCAAUGGCGUCUGCGCAGCCGGCCAAGAAGGCGGCCGCAGGAGAGCCCUUGCCCCUGAGCCCGUCCACCCUGGGAGCCGAGCCCGCCAGGCCCACGGCGGUGCUGGUGGAGAGCGGGCCCGUGUCGUACCACCCCGAGGACGACCCCGAUGAGGACGACCCUGACGAGGACGACGGGGAGCCCUGUGUCAGCGCCCUGCAGAUGAUGGGCAGUGGCGAUUAUGGUUGUGACGGCGAGGAGGACGACGGGUACUGAGCCGUGGCCCUGCAGCCGUGGCGUCUGGCAGUGGGGGCCUCGGUGGGCCCGCCUGCCCCGUAGCCCUCACCGCAGGCGCUCAACACCUCCGUGGCACUUGCUGCCAGGACCACGUCGGGAGCGUCGUCGGGAGCGUUUCUGCCCAGCAGGGGACUGGACCGCUGCCUGUGCGUCUGGUCCGAUGUGUCUUGUCCCGUGGAAGGAAACUGAGGCGCGAGAAGGCCCGCUUUUCGGAGCGAGUGGAGGGCUCCUUGUGGAGCCGGGUGCCUUGGCCCCCACCCCUCCCCGGGGCUGAGAAGCACUGCACCAGCCCCACCCCUGCGGGGCCAGGGCCACUCUGUGCCUGUGGCUGUGUCUUCAGCCAGACCUCGGACUCUGGCCCACGACAGGACCGUUGGCUCCAUGACCCCUGGGUGCACAGCUGCCCUGGGCAGUGCCCGCACAGCCUCUGGUGGCUGCCCAGGGUGUUGGGCUGGCCCUGCUGCAUGGAGCCAGACCCAGGAGCUGGAACCGGGAGCCGGAACUGGAACCGGGAGCUGGCGCUGGAGCCAGGAGCCGGAACCGGAACCGGGAGCCAGAGCCGGAACUGGAACCGGGAACCGGGAACUGGGAGCCGGAGCUGGGAGCCGGAGCCCAAGCUGGAACCAGGAGCCAGAACUGGAACCAAGAGCCAGAGCCAGAGCUGGAACUGGAGCCAGAGCCGUAGGUGCUCCUUGCUUGACCUGGGAUCUGGCUCAGUGGCCACAGAGGAAUGACAGGCAGAGGGUCUUCAAGCCUGGCCACUCUGCCCUGGAUGGUUCCUGCUGCCCUUGACCACCCCUAAGGACCAGGCCUCAUCGUUGGAAGGCCCAGCGACCACUUUCAGGGUCUCCGCUUGGGCGUUGCUGCUCUGGACAUGGCCACGGAGGCGGGGCAGAUGUUUUUGCUGCUCGAGGCCCCAGACCUGGCCACCCUGCCCCCCCCCCCCCCCACAGUGGCAGAGUGGGGCCACACUGCCUUCCCGGGGGCCAGCCCUCCGUCUCCAGGGCUGGGCCAGACCCCUCCUGAACGCAGCAGUCUGUAGGUAGGGAACUUUGAGGUCUUGACUGCACGUGUCUGUACCCUGCAGCCAGCCUGGACCCGGGGCUCCUUAAAAGCCGGAGAGGAGAGUGAGUUUAGUGAAACAGAAAGAUCCGUUGCUUAAGCAGAAACUGGCUGAGGCUCUGGUCUGUGCCUUCCCACCUGGGGCUGUGGCCUGCCUUGGAGGAGUGAGGCCACGGCCAGUGGGGGUGGGAGGAGCAUACAGUGUGCAGGCUGGACUCACGCCUGACCCUGCUGUCAGAUGCACUAUGGGGACGUGGUUCGGGUUCAUUAGCAAUCUCCUUGUGCCCAGCCCCGUAGGAAGUCCCAGAGUCUGCUCCUGGCCCCGGUCUCUCGUGGGGCCACAGGGCAGGGAGAGCUUGGCUGCAGCGGCUCUUAGAGCAGCCCCAGGCUCUGGCUUCCUGGCAGGGCCGGCGGGGUGGGGGGGUUCUCCGAGCCACUCGGGGAGCAGAAGGUGGGCCGAGCCUGGCCAUGGAUGACUGGCUCUGGGGACUUCCAGGUGGAGGUGUGGCCGUGGCCACGGAGGUGACAGAACCACCCUCUGGCAGACGGGGCUGCCUCCCCAGCAGGGCGAGCAAGGCAGGCUUCAGGACGGGGCUCUGGCAGGACACAUCCCCGAGGGGCUGGACAGAGGAGGUUCCCACAGAGGAAGAGUUCUCUGUCCCAGUGGGGAUGGGGUUUCUGUGGGGGUGUGCAGAGGGCUGGGGUCCUUGGAGAGGAUGUGGUGAGGAGAACAGUGAGGCCCGGGCCGUGACCGAGGUGCCGUGACCUGGGGCUGGCAGCCAGCAGCCCUGUGCUCUGUGUCCAGGUCGCCACUGCCACCGGCGUGGGCUUGCAGGGGACACACAGGCCCGUGUGCCCCUCCGCCCCAUACCUGGGCGCCCCUCGUCCAACCCUGAGGAUGACCUACGUCUGGUCGCCGGGUGUGGCUCUCUUCAGGGGGCCGUGGGGGGCUGUCCCUGGCAGGUGCGGGCUGCAGCUAAUGGGACAGGGCACCAGCAUCACCUCGCCCGCCCCCCCAACCUGGGUCCCUGCGGGCUGGGCCGCAGGAAUCUGCACCCAGAAAGCUUGGGAGGCCUAGGUGCCCCGGCCAGGGAGGGGCAGGGACCUCACUCCGUCUGAGGGUCAGGGUCACUGAGGUGCUGAGAGCCAGUGGGCGGUCAGACCCAGGCUGGGAUCAAGCCCCAAGGGGGUGUGUGGCAGUGGGCCUGCCUGGGGUGCCUCCCCCAACUGCGUGCAGGUCCCACCCCUGCCCCCUGCACUACAGACAGGUAGCUGCCGGUUCUGCCCUAAUCUUAGCCGAGACCAGAGGGGCACGGGAGCCUACGUCACUUCCCAGGUCACCCAGCGUGGAGGUGGCCUCCCUGGGACCCAUCCUGACAGCCACCCCCUUCCCGGGUGCUGGGGCCUGGCCAUACCCGCUCUCGGAUGCCUGCCCCUGGGGCCUGGCCAGUGACAGCAGGCAUCCCGAGAAGAACGCAGGGCUCCCCGCUGGCUCCCUGCGGUGCUGGGGGUCCCUAGGGGGCAGGCAGGCCCCCGUGAGCACGUGUGCACCCGUGGGCACACAAACGGGUUCUGGGCAGCCUGGCGGUGCGCGCUUGUCCUCUGACCCUGCAGAGCUGGGCGGCCUGCCGGUGGGGCCGGGGUCCUCGUGGGGGGCAGGAGGCAGCAAGCAGGCGUGUCUGGCAGGCUCCAGGUGGGAGCGCUGUGCCCGUUGGCUCCCGGCCCCCUGAGCCCAGCUCCCCCUGGGCAGCACGUGCAGCGCGGCCGGAUGGGUGAGAGCCAGCGCCGGCCCGGACGGGGCACCGCGCGCGAGCAUAUGCACGGGUACAGGCCCGGCCCCACGCAGGUGUGCACGUGCACACGCAGGUCUGUCGGGGGGCCAGGCCAGGGCGGGCAGGCGGGCCCGGUGCUGGCUGAGGUCAGACGGCCGUGGGCCUGCUGCUCUCGCUGGUGCUUCCCACGGGGCACCUCCCCGGUCUCCGGGGAGGGUGGGGGACGGCCGAGACCUGGGUGUGUGUGGCACCUGCUUGUGCCCCACCACACCCUGUGCUGUGCGACCUGGCGCCAGUCCGUCCCUGAGCGGGAGCCAGAACUACAGGGUACCUUCUAGAUGGCCACAGGGAGGUGGGCGGGCCACAGCCCCUCCCAGGCAUGGGGGGACAGGUCUGUGACUCCUUUCCCCACCCGGGGCUCUCCGGCAGGGCGGCCUCUCGGGAUUGCCAGCUAGAUCAUUCCCAGGCAUCCUGGGCAGACAGCGAGAGCCCCGAGGGCAGAGAGAGGCAGGCAAGGAGGGAGGUUGGCCUGAUGGGAGAGCCCUCUGCGUCUGUCUCUCAAGGGCUGUCCCCAGAGCAUGACAUCGGUGCGUUUCCUCCAAAAGGCUGUGCUCAGCCCCACCCUCCCACACCUGCCCUGCUGGCCACUGUCACCAGUGAUUUGGGGCUCACACCAGCCUGCGUGUCCUCAGGCCUCGUGUGCCCUAGGCUCACACACCCCGCCUCCCCGCUGCUCCCGCCAGGUGCCUCCUGCAGCCCCAAGUGGUUCUGGACUGGUCAGGCCCCUAAGUGGGCAGAAGUGCCGAUGGCCCGAGGGCAGUGUGGGUCUCUGGAGGAGGGGCUGGGCAGCCCCCAGAGUGUCCUGCUGGGUGCCGUCGCCCUCCGUCCCGCCCUCCCUGGACCGGGCCUGGAUGGCAGCAACCUCCGCCGCCUCCGCCCUCCAGCAUCCUGCCCUCCCACCCCUCUGUCCACCUCUGGGCGGCUGCAGCACCGAGUGGGGGGUGUCCUCCGUGGUGCCUUCCAGGCAGGGUCCAGGGCUGCUUCCUGGGGAGGGGCUGACAGGUGAGAGGCUGGGGGUGGGGGGGAGGCGCUCUUGUCACUGGCCUGGGUCUGGGCUGGCUGCCCCUGCCCCCGCCAGGCCGCACAUGUUCCAGUGGGGCAAACUCAGGGACUUGAACUGCAGGCCACACACACACUCCCCACCAGGGAGAUGAGGUCCUUCGGGCUGACCGCGUCACUGUCCUCAGCCCUGCCCUGCCCCCUGGCCGCUCGCCCCCUCGGGCGCCCAGGCCCAGCCUUGCCUGGCUUCACAGGCAGGUUCAGCUGAGGCCCCCGCUCCCCCUGCAGCCCGGAAAUGCUACAUUCCCCGAAUAAUAAAGACUAGGAGACUUGAA